CAGUACCUCGGACUCUAGCCACAUCCUCGUCUUGCCAUGGCACUGCCCUGGGCCCUUGCAGUCUUGAGCCUUCUUCCCCUGCUGGAUGCCCAGAGCCUGGCGUGUCCCAAUUUCUCGGUGCCCAUCACCAAUGCCUCCCUGGACCAGAUCUCUGGCAAGUGGUUUUAUAUCGCCUCGGCUUACCGCUUCCCCGAGUACAAGAAGGAAGCUAGCAAAAUCCAUGCAGUGUUCUUUUACUUCACCCCCAACAACACGGAGGACACGAUACUGCUCAGACAGUACAUGACCAUAGGUGAUCAGUGCAUUUAUAACUCCACCAGCCUGAAGGUCAAUCGGGAAAAUGGGACCCUGUCCAAACACAGUGACCCCAGAGGCCCAGAGAGGGCCAUCUCCCAGCCAGGGCUGCACAGCCAGAAUCUGUGCCUGCCGCUGGAAAAACAGCAUGACGAGGAAAGGAAGAAGGAAAAGGAGAGGUCUGAGACAGGCACAGCAUUGGAUUAGGACCUCGGGGACUUUGGGGGCCUAUCCUGAGACCCCCACCCACCCUGUGUGCCUCAGUUCUUUCCCUCAGUUGCACCAAUAAAGUUUCUGCAUUUGGAAUAGG